AUGCAUGUGUGCCGGAUGUUAAAUUGGUCCGAUUCGGAUCAAAGACCCGAUCAAAAAUGCCAUUCUCAUAAUACGGAUCAAUCUGUUUUUAGAUCAAGAUUGAUAGACCAAUUUGACCCUACUAUUAUAGCAAUCAGACGAUAG